ACGUAUCCAUAAUCCUAGUGUAUAAGCUCUAGGUUUUUCUCUAGAGCUUCAUAAUUCUAUGACCAUAAAUAUCGUCAAUAAGCAAUGGGCUUCUAAAGUCUUAUCUUUCAUUUUUCUUUACUUUUUUAUUGAUCAAAACUAGCAUUCACUAUUUUUAGUAUCAUGUUUUAUCGUUUAUUAUUUUGUUUCAAACGUAUUUAACACUUGGGAAUUGUUAUGCCCAUAGGAGUAUUAGAAAAUAAUGAAAAUAAUGUUCGGGUCAAUGGCUAAUUAAAUAAUGAUUAGUACAUGAUUACAGCAUAAAAGAAAAAAGAAAAAAAAAAGAAUUGAUCGGGUUGAUCGGGCUUGAUAACUUUAAUAAAAAUUUUCAACCAACUCAAAUUGUUAAACUCAAUUCGACAUGAGUUUGACUUGUUAUCUUUAACACGGUAUAAUUGAUGAAUCAAUAAAAAAAAAAAUCAUUUCAAACGAAUGAUGAUUGUGUUGUUGGAGAGAAAUAAAAAAAGAGAAGAGAUGCCAAUAUGUUACGAGUAAUAUGAAUAGUGUAUAUGGUCAAAGUACGGUCAGUACGAUUUCAGUGUCCAUGAAGAUCAGUAAAACUAAAUGAUGAAGUUGUACAUUAUCAUUGGAAUCGUUUGGAUUAUUUGUUUUUUCGAUGUAGUAAGCUGUAAAAAAAAAUAUGUCGGUCCAAGGGUCAACCCAAAAUGCGUGUGUGGUGUAUCAGGGGAAGGUGUAGCUAAUAGAAUUGUUGGUGGUACAAUUACAAUUCCUCAUACAUUGCCAUGGAUAGUAGCUAUUUUUAAUAAACGAGCUUUACACUGCGGAGGAGUUUUAAUAAAUGAUCGAUAUGUAUUGACAGCAGGCCACUGUGUAAAAUGGGCUAAAAUGAUUGAUCUAGAUGUUGGAGUUGGAAUGCAUGAUAUUCAAGAUACUAAAGAAGGUUCUGUUAUAGAAAUUGAAAAAAUAAUUUUACAUAAAAAUUUCGAGAGUGAUUAUCUUCACGAUACCAAUGACAUUGCAUUGAUAAAAUUAAAAACUCCAGUGAAAUUUAAUGAAGACAUAAAACCAGUUUGUCUUCCAACAAAAGGAUCAGAUUAUACUGGUCAUAAAACGAAGGUUGCUGGUUGGGGUCGUGUGACAACUGACGGUGGUGCAUCAAGAUAUCUUCGUGAAGCAACACUCAGAGUUAUGGCAUUUGAACAAUGUAAAAAUACAUCAUUUGGUGAGCAUUUAACUGAGUCAAUGAUGUGUGCAUACAGUGAUGAUAAAGAUGCUUGUCAGGGUGAUAGCGGUGGUCCUUUACUUUUUGUACGAGAAGAUGAUAGAUACGAAACAAUUGGCGUUGUUUCUUGGGGAAUCGGUUGUGCGAAACGUGGUAUGCCAGGUAUUUACGUUAAAUUAACAGAUUAUCUUGGCUGGAUUAAAAAACACACAAAAGAUUCAAUUUACUGUCUUGAUAAAUAAAAAAAAAUAAUCAAUAUUUAUUUAAUUUUUUGCUUAUUUAUUCAUUUGACAACUGUGAAAUUUAAUAAUAAAUUAAAAGAAAAAAAACAUAACGAGUUUAUUGUUACUACGCAAAUUAAACUGUUCAAUUGUCACAGUUGAUUAUUAUAAUUUAAAAACUGAACAACUUUUUAAGCUCAAUAUUUUAUCGUUUGCAAUAAUAAAUUUAAUCGAAUUAAAAUGUUAUCAUUAUUGAUUGAAACAUAAAAUUCGACUCAUUCUUUUUUAUUUUUUAAUGAAUAAACAAUUUUUUUAUUGAUAUGAAAAAUCUUGUU